UUUUAAUUUUGACUUUAGAAAAGAAGAAAGGAAUCUUUACUCAAGAACGUCUCAAUGAUUUAACAAUAAGAUUAGAUCAAUUCGAAAUAGCAACAAAUCAAAGAAUGAAUGAAAUGGAGAGGCAAAAUAAUGAAAGAUUUGAUGACAUUGAAGCACGUUUAGACAAAUUGAGAAAGUUUACUUCUAAAGGAAAGAAAUUUUUUAAAAUUGUUUUAAUUGUAUAUUGCAUUUUUGUUUGUUUUUACAUUUUUUGUAGAGUUUAUUAUAAUAUAUAA